AUGAGCUGUAAGUACCUGGAUGAAGCUGAUAAGAAGGUAGAGGCAGCGCGGCGUGAGCAUGAGAAAGCCUGCCAGCGCCUGUCAUCCCUUCAACCUUCCCGAAUUGCAAAGAACGGCUUGCAUUUGUUGGCAGAGAAGAACCUCAACCUGCAAGACAUCGACCAGAUCCUACGAACCUUGACAGACAAUAUCGUCAAGACGCAUCUCGGUAGCGUUACCCGCACGCUCCGAAUGUAUUCACCAGUGGCGCUCAAUGUUAGCGCGGAUGAGGGCAGGCGAUUGAGUAGAGAGGAUAAGAAGAAAUCACGCAAGAAGCACCUCCUGCACCACCUCUUUCAGAUCCAAGGUCAUCUCUCGGCAAUCGAGGACAUUUCUCGUCUGUAUUCGACAAUCUCAGAGAAAUAUAUUCAACCUGGCAUAGAUCACAUGGAUAGCCUUGACCGCUCAGAUCUAGCUAUAUACAAGCUCAACCGCAAGAGACUUAGCGAGUGGCACCAAGUAGCCAGUCAUGAGAUUCAUCAACUGAUGAUCGAGGGUACCCAGACAAUUCCAGCAAACGUGAACCUGCAUGUAAGAACCGUUGUUGACAAGGCAAUUGAACACCAAGAAUUCUGGUUUGCUUAG